AUGAUGACUGCCACGUCAAGCUCGGUGUCGUCUUCGCUUUCGGGAUCGUUUCACCUAUCGUCGCGUAGCACAGGAAGUGCGAGCGAGGUGGAUACUUGGCUGAACCAUGACAUUAAUCUGCAUUUGCUCAUACGUGACGUUUACCGCUCGAGUGGACGGUGCUUGGAAGGGAUGCGCGUUCUAGAACAUCUUUUAAAUUAUAGCACGCGGCUGCCUCGUGGAAAGCGCACGCAACUGCGUAUGCUACUUGCGGAAGAUGCGCUUAAGAUGCGGAUGCUUGACAUAUGCCGUCACAUGUGUUUGUUGAUGGAAAGGGAGGCUACAGCAUUUUGUGAUCGGCUACAGGAGAACAUUAAAGGUUUUAGUGGACCAGGAAGCAGUAGCGGUACGGGACCUGGUACCAGCAGCAGCGGUGGUGGCAGAAGCCUUGGUGGUAUGUGUAGUGAAGCACGCUACUGUUUUGAUAUGUCAUUCACUCUCCGGUACAUCGUAUGUCGCGUGAAGAUGUAUAUGAAGCUUGGUGACUUUUGUAAGGCAUUUGCUUGGCUUUCUUUAGCUCACGUCAAGAAUGACCGUGGCAACAUUAGAAAAAAGGCUCAGCUGUACGUACUUGAUGGGAAGUUGUUUUGCGCUAUCUAUCGAGAUCAUCAGGAGCGAGAAAUAAAGCUCCGCUGCGGUGACGAAGGACUUACUCAGCGUGGACGCUCGACAUGCUCGACUUUCGUUGGAAGCGUUGUGUCACCGGCACAGGUUGAGGAAAUGCUUAAGCCCCUGGGUGUUUCGUUAUAUGGAUUGAAUAAGGAGGAGAAGCAGUGUUUGCAUGAACGCAUGGUCCAGUUUAGAACAUGCAUUCGAGACGUUGAUAAAGCUGAAGAACAAGCGCAACAUGCGUUUUGGACUGCCUUUGAUCUUUACCACCUAUUGGACGACAAUCUGUACCAACUCAAGGUUUUGCUCGAGAUCGUCGCCUUUAUGUUAGCUCCAAUCCAGCGAUCAUUUUUUGCUCUUGGUAGCAACCAGGACGACGAGAUGCUCAAGCUGUACUUACACCGUCAAAGUUUCGUAAAAGGAUCGCCAAGGUUAGAAUUAUAUGACUUAGAUGGUGAUGACGCGAUUGAAAAGACUCGAAAGACGUUGCUGGAGGCGCAAAAGCUGCUCCGGCCUGCGUUGAAUCUGGUAGAGCAAGUGGCAGAUCCCGCGUGUUUUCUUCGAACGCUGAUUUUCUGCAGUGAAGUGUGGUUAUGGCUUGAGCGUAUUGCUUCAUAUAAAAGCGAGAAACAUCUUAAGGAAGCAACGGCUUUUUGGGAGGAGGCUGUUCGCACGAUGAAGGGUGUCUUCUUUCGGCGAGUUGCGUUCCAUGAUAUCGCAGAAGCCACAAUGUCGCACUCAACUGGUUUUGAAAAUGAUAAUACGAUGCCGUACGGGCGAGGACCUCAUAAAGGGCGAUUUUGUGUGGUACCGAUUUUGAAUUUUAGUGAAGGGUUCAUUGUAAAGCUGGAAGCUAUGACACUGCAGUUGAUCCUCGCAGCCUGUCAGAUUCAACAGUUUGAGCGCGUACCUGACUAUGUUGAAGAAACUUUACAUGUACAUCUUGACGAGCUGCUGAGUGCUCGAAUGUGUCUGAGUAGUAUUGUGCACCAGUUGCAAACGUUUCGAGCGCUGCAAAGGUCUCACAAGCGACUGCCUCCUCAUGGCUCAACAUCCAAUCAGGCUACGACAGCUUUAGCUGUGCCGUCAGGAUCUAGCGUUUCUGUCUCUAGCGUGAGCAGCAAUAAUUCCAGAUCUUCGUCCAUUUCUGCGGCGAUAUCGGCGCUAUCACCGCAAUUGAGCGGAAGCGGAAAGCAAAUAGCCACGCCGUCCUUAAGUAGUGCUGGUGUAGCUGGUGGAAAGCGAGCUGGUCAUAAGAAGAACCAGUCGAUGUCAUCUAUAUCUGAGUUAUUGGCAUCUAACACCACACCACUGUAUCUGGAGGGCUCUGUAUCGUACUGUGCACCUGGCAGUCUAAAAAGUUCAGCUACACCUCGAACAGGCUUGGCUUCGUUAAGCGAGCGGCCUAAUGUUCCACCUCCUCCGUUUGCAGCUGCGGUGAAGUCCGGUGCUACUGCUAGUGGUCAUACUGCAGCAAAGAUUAGUGGCGAACGAAAGUCACGACGGUUCACGCGAGAGCGAUCACGUUCGGCACCGCAACCAGAAGUACUAAAUUUGUCGUCACCAAGCCUAGAUUUGCCGUCCUUGCGACCUGACGAUGGGCAUUCUCCUGGCGGAGGAAGUAUACCUGUUUUUGCCGAAUCGGUCGAGAGUAGUAUAAAUACGAUGAAGCGAACAUCGUCUGUGAAAUUUAUUGAUUUAGGUGAUUUAAGGGCAUUGCCGACUCGAGAAGAUUUGGUUCUUGGGAGAGGGAAUGGCUUUGGACACGAUGAAGGUAGUAGCUCAAAUGGUGCCAUUGGUUUGUGCGAUUUUGACGAGGUGCAGUCGGAGAAGCUGUGGUGGAUUUUCAACUUGUGGCGCGAUGCAAAGUGUAAGUAUGUUGAGGGAAAGAUUGAGACGUCUGAGUUUCGGUCGCGAAAUUUGCGCUAUCUGCGAACGUUACUCGAUGCUUUUGAUCCUCAACAGAUUGCUGUGCUAUACUUUGGAGGGCUUGACAGCUCUUCGAUAGAAUCAGUCGUGACACCAGGUGGGACUCGAGUUUCGUCAGAUGUGAACACUAGGAAUCCUAAUGGAAUGCUGGAUUUUGACGUCUCACGUAUGAACACACAUGCGUUGAUCCAAGACCGUCAAUUGGUGCUCUCGAUUGGUUACGAAUUUGCAGUGGAAAUGCAAACGCAUUUUGGAACGCACCCGAAGCUCCAGUUUAAGGUGUUUCAUGUGCGAGAGGGUGACACGAGGGCGUGGCGUCAAGAGAUUCCACGACCAGACUGGUAUUUGUCGGAAUAUGAAAUCAUUGAGGCUGAAGAAGCUGCAGUUGGUGCUGGAGUUCUGCGGACGAUGCGGUUAUUUGGUGCCAAAUUAUUAGUGAAGUUGUUGGGAGUACUGCUGCUCGAGAAUUCUGUUGUGGUAGUAGGCAGUUCGUACCCACAGAUCCAGGAGGUGACUACAAGUCUCCUGAAGCUACUAGAGCCGUUCCGAUGGCAACAUACUUUCUUGCCUUUCGUGCCUGUGACGUCGUGGAGAUUUCUCCACGAUGCUGCUUAUCAGUAUUCGCAGGCGGAGCUUACGGCUCGGCCGAAAAAUCGCAGGUCACUGUCAAGGCUCUCGCACGAUUGGCGGGCUUGGGGUAGUGGAAGCUCGUUCUCUUUUUUGCGAGGAAGCAGUGAUAGCUAUAGUGGUGGUAUUGGUGGUGCAAACAGUCCAUCGGCACCUGGCGCGGCAGCAGAAAAACCGAUGGAAAAUGAACCUCCGUUUUUGUUUGGUGCUACAGCCGAUACAUGGCAGAGCUGCUUAUCAUUUUCCAAGAAGUGCGGCAACGACCCCCGUCUGCUCUCAUCAUGCGUUGUUGUGGUUGAUAUUGACGAUGUGGAAUCGCUUGCGAUCGAUAAGACGCUCCGGAAUGCGGUUUCGCUGCCAAAGAAAUGGAGAAGGCAGUUUUUGGAGCGGAUCGAAAAGAUCACGCGGCAGCGCCACAAGAUGCGCGUUAAAUUGAGUCGCAGGCAUUCUUCACAACAGCUCGUGCUAAGUCGUGGACCGACAACGCCGGCCUCCACGUCUGGUAUAUCAUCUAUGCGGUCGCCCAUGAUGACUUCUACUCCAAUAGGUAUCACCUCAAGAGGUUUUGAUGACGCGCUUAGCACAAGCCGGUCUGGAUCCAGCUGGAUGAUGACACCGGUCUCAGGUAGUGGGGUGUCUGAGUUGGACAGUAAUUAUCAACAGCUGCAGUCAGGCGUACAGCAUCUGAAUGGGCUGGAAGAGAGAAGGUACUAUGAUUUGGAAUGUGCCGCAGCAUUCGUAAGUGGUGUGCGCGAGUUCUACGACCGGCUGUUGGUACUGUGCGCGGAAAAGGAGCGCAAGGCUAAGACUAGCAAGAAGAAGACAAAUUGUAGCAGCAGUGGUCAUUCGAAGCGGCAAGAAAUUAAGUCAUGGUUUUCGUCAUCGCACGACUUUGAUGCAUUUGUGAAUAAAUUCCAGAGCUCAGAUUUGCUGAAGAUUUUUGAAAAGGAGAAAGAGGUGGCACAGGAGGAAGCUCAAGCGCAGGCAAGAGCCAUGCAUCAGUUCGAGCGACAGGCGAGUGAGCAUGAAGUCAGCUCCACCAGUAGUGGCCGCAGUGCCACACGAUUUAAUGCGACGCCCAAGUCAAUUGUGAAUUCGUUCACGCCGCAUCAGCUCAAGAGUUUUGGCAGCUUCAGCAGUUUGACGGCCAGUAACCGUAGCUCCGGUGGCCAAGAACGAAGACGAUGA